AUGACAUCUAAAAAUCUACUCAGAGAUCUUUUCAACACUUCGAAAAGCACUUCUUCCACCGAGAAGACUCCUCAUACACAGCGUCGAAGCAGGUUCUUCAGAAAUCUUGACGAUGAUCAAAAGAUGGAAAAAAUUGAACGCCACGAACUGGUUGAAUGUGCUUUUCAACAAUACCAACGAAAGUAUCCUAAUCAAUGGAACAAGCUGAAAUGGGAGGCGAGCAAUAAAAGAAACAAUGAGACAUAUGAUGGGCCUUCCGAAGAUGACCCCGAUUCGAUCCAUAUCGAAUGGCACGAGGCGACAAUUCAAGAGAGAUCUGAGAAUAAAGAUAAAGGCCUUAAACGUCCAAUUUCUCCAGUCAAGAGAGAUAGCGAAGACAAGGUGGCCAAGGGAAUUGCAGUUGCAAAGAAAGCCUUGUGUUUUGGAUCGCUCACUCCUGAUGAGUGA